UGCAGUAUGUCGAAGGAAGACGGACAGUCAGGCAGAGUUACAGUUUAACUAAACAGCUAGCUACUAGUAACUAGUAAACAUGCCAGUGUGCUAGGUGAAACCCCCUGUUUUUCGACACUGCGUAUACCAUCGCCGCUUGUUUCUGGGUGUUUGGGAGGUGUUUGAACUUCCCUCACAUUCUCCACAACGCAUUUUCACGAAGGGAGGCGGCGGUGGAGCGCUCGGCAGCCAUCUUUGGAGCUGGGCUGGGAGUGGGAUUCGACUAUUCUGGCACCCCAGAUACUUCGAGGGUGGGGAUUUUAACCUACAAUAAUUCAUAAAUGUGCAUGUUAUAAUCGACUGACAGCGUCACGAACCACAAGGAUUUAGCGUACGAAAUUACUGCGCCGGGGAUGAAACGGGAAGAAUACUUUAUAGUCCCAAAGUGUUUUGAAUUACACGACAUUCUCUACAGUGCUGAAACCUGGCCUGUCAGGAGAGGCUCUGAACACAUAUGAGACCACUGUCCUGCAGAUGAGCCAUCGGUGGGGGCUUUCAAGUCGCUGUCGCAGACCCAGAUAGUUCCUGGCGGCAGCGGCAUUGUCCCCCACCCCCACCCAACUCCCCAUUAUGCCCAACAGCAGUCGGGCGGGGAGCCUGAAGGACCCCGAAAUUGCUGAGCUCUUCUUCAAGGAGGACCCAGAAAAGCUCUACUCAGAUCUGCGUGAGAUUGGACAUGGCAGCUUUGGUGCCGUAUAUUUUGCACGGGAUGUGCGGACAAAUGAGGUGGUGGCCAUCAAGAAGAUGUCAUACAGUGGAAAGCAGUCCACUGAGAAAUGGCAAGACAUAAUCAAAGAGGUGAAAUUCCUGCAGAGAAUACAACACCCAAACAGCAUAGAGUACAAAGGAUGUUACCUGCGAGAGCACACCGCCUGGCUGGUAAUGGAGUAUUGUCUGGGCUCUGCUUCCGAUUUGUUAGAAGUUCACAAGAAACCUCUGCAAGAAGUUGAAAUAGCUGCAAUUACCCAUGGUGCUCUUCAAGGGUUGGCUUAUCUUCACUCCCACAACAUGAUUCACCGAGAUAUCAAGGCGGGGAACGUCUUGCUGACGGAGCCGGGGCAGGUCAAACUAGCAGAUUUUGGUUCUGCCUCCAUCGCCUGUCCUGCCAACUCCUUUGUUGGGACUCCAUAUUGGAUGGCCCCAGAAGUAAUUUUAGCUAUGGAUGAGGGCCAGUAUGAUGGAAAGGUGGACAUUUGGUCUUUGGGAAUAACCUGCAUUGAAUUAGCUGAGAGGAAGCCUCCACUGUUCAACAUGAAUGCAAUGAGUGCCUUAUACCAUAUAGCACAGAAUGAGAGCCCCAUGCUGCAGUCUAGUGAAUGGACGGAUUAUUUCCGAAACUUUGUAGAUUCUUGCCUUCAGAAAUUUCCCCAGGAUAGGCCGAACUCUGAGGAGCUUUUAAAGCAUGCAUUUGUCCAGCGUGAGCGACCAGAGUCAGUUCUAAUAGACCUGAUCAGUCGGACUAAGGAUGCAGUGCGGGAGCUUGACAAUCUUCAGUAUCGCAAAAUGAAGAAGCUCUUGUUUCAGGAAGCCCAUAAUGGCCCCUCAACCGAGGCCCAAGAUGAAGAGGAGGAGCCAGAACACAGCGUGGGUCGGACGGGUACAGUGAACAGCGUUGGGAGCAACCAAUCCAUACCCAGUAUGUCAAUCAGUGCCAGUUCACAGAGCAGCUCUGUCAACAGUCUAACUGAUGCCGGCGAUGACAAGAGUGAAGUGGACAUUGAGGGAGACCACACAGUCAUGUCCAACAGCUCUGUGAUACACCUCAAACCGGAGGAGGAGGCGUAUAAAGACGAGUCAGAGCCCAACACCCGGCCAACUGAGCCACAGUCCCCGCCUGCACACACUCCGCGGCCAAAACGGAACCGCGAACACUUUGCUACUAUACGCACAGCCUCAGUGCUCACUCGCCAGAUUAAGGAGCACGAGCAGGAUUCUGAGUUAAGGGAGCAGAUAUUGGGCUACAAGCGCAUGAGGCGGCAGCACCAGAAACAGCUGAUGGCUCUGGAAAACAAGCUGAAGGCUGAGAUGGAUGAGCACCGACUCCGCCUGGACAAGGAGCUGGAGAACCAGAGGAAUAGCUUUGCCCAGGAGAUGGAGAAACUGAUCAAGAAGCACCAGGCGUCCAUGGAGAAAGACGCGAAAACCUUUUCCAACGAUGAGAAGAAGUUCCAACAACACAUUCAGAGUCAGCAGAAGAAAGAGCUCAACAGCUUCCUUGAAUCCCAGAAACGGGAGUACAAACUUCGCAAGGAACAACUCAAGGAGGAGUUGAACGAAAACCAGUCAACACCCAAGAAGGAAAAGCAGGAGUGGUUGUCCAAGCAGAAGGAGAACUUCCAACACUUCCAAGCUGAGGAAGAGGCCAACUUGCAGCGCAGACAGAGGCAGUAUCUGGACCUGGAGUGCCGCAGGUUCAAACGGAGGAUCUUGAUCGCCCGCCACAAUAUUGAACAGGACUUAGUGCGUGAGGAGCUGAACAAGCGUCAGACCCAGAAGGACUUGGAACACGCCAUGCUUCUCCGGCACCACGAGUCCAUGCAGGAGCUGGAGUUCCGCCAGGUCAACACCAUCCAAAAGACGAGGGCGGAGCUCAUCCGUCUGCAGCACCAGACGGAGCUCACCAAUCAGCAGGAGUACAACAAGAGGAGGGAGCGGGAACUUCGACGCAAACACGUCAUGGAGGUUCGCCAGCAGCCCAAGAGCCUCAAGUCCAAAGAGCUACAGAUCAAGAAGCAGUUCCAGGACACGUGUAAGAUCCAGACCAGGCAGUACAAAGCACUGAGGAACCAUCUGUUGGAGACCACACCAAAGUCCGAGCACAAGGCUGUCCUUAAACGGCUGAAGCAGGAGCAGCACCGCAAACUCGCCAUCUUGGCAGAGCAGUAUGACCACUCCAUCAAUGAGAUGCUUUCCACUCAGGCGCUUCGUCUGGAUGAGACGCAGGAGGCUCAGUGCCAAGGCCUACGAAUGCAGCUACAGCAGGAGCUGGAGCUUCUCAACGCCUACCAGAGCAAGAUCAAAAUGCAGACCGAUGCCCAGCACGAGCGUGAGAGGAAGGACCUGGAGCAGAGGGUGUCACUCCGAAGGGCCCUGCUGGAACAGAAGAUUGAGGAAGAGAUGAUGUCCCUGCAGAAUGAACGCCUGGAGCGAAUCCGGAGCCUGCUGGAACGCCAAGCCCGCGAAGUUGAGGCCUUUGACUCCGAGAGUAUGCGCCUGGGCUUCAGCAACAUGGUGCUAGCAAACAUCUCCCCAGAGGGCCUCAGCCACAGCUUUCCCGGGGCUCCGGCGAGUUGGAGUCACCAUCAGCAACCGCGGCCGUCCGGGAGCUCUCCAGGGUCCCACUGGGGCAGCGUCGGCUCGGCCGCCGGGGCGAGCCACCACGGCAGCCACCACAACUAUCACUCCAGUCCGGGAGGGGCACCUAUGCAGCAAGGCUGGGGGCAGGGCAUGCAAGGAGGUGGGGUCCCAUCACCGUGGGGCCACCCGUCGGCAGGGGGAGCCCUGUCCCGCAGCAGUGGAGGUGUACAGAACAGCCCCCAAGCAAUGGGGAGGACACCCUCAGGAGGGCGCAGUGAGCAGAGCAUGAGCAGGAGUACCAGCGUCACCUCUCAAAUAUCUAACGGGUCACACCUCUCCUACACAUAGAUCCCCCUCCCCCACCCCCAUCAGCCCCUGGAGUCGGAAUAUGAGCGUGGAGAUGUAGAAUCCGGCAAACGCAAGUAUUGGCUGAGCUCUGACGCCACCCCCCCCCCCUGUACAGAUGUGGAUGUGCGAUGAAAUAAAUGUUGCUCAGGUCAAAAAGGGCUGGAAAAGACGCAGCCCGUCCUCACGGCAGUUUAUCGGCACACGCACAGAUCCUUAAAUUUGUUACAUAAGCAAUUUGAGUGUCAACACAUAAUAGUCCCAUUUGCUUUUAUUUAGAGCUCCCUCCUGCGAAAAAGUUUUAAAAAUAUAUGUUUUUGUGCUAUUCACAGCCAUUGCUCUCAUUUUGCACAUGAAACACUGUUUAGACGCCUUUUUGACGUGUGUUAAAAAUGUCCUAAGAAAUGUGGUAUCAAACAAUCAGAGCAUUUUUAUUUAGGACUCCCCCCUCUUUCACUCUCCCGAUUCACGUUCAGUGACCCACCGGUCGAUUUCGCCGACGGUGGUUUAAAACUGAAGCUGCUUCGCGGUUUGUGAUACCAGCCUGCUGUAAUGGUCGUUGUGAUAAAUGAGAUGCCUCCUUCUAUUCAGUAGUUUUUAUUUCACCUGAUUUCCCGGUCAUCAGCCCAAAAUAAGACUUUACAAAUUCAGAGCCAAACAACCCUAAUGUUAGCUGUAUCAGGCAUAUGCUCCAACUCUACUACAGUGCCUUUUUAACCUGUUUUGAAUCAGUCUCGGAUGUUUAUAGUUUUAUGUUAAAUUGUAUCAUUAGUGCCAGUGUAUGUUUUUAGUUUGAUUUUAGUUCCAGAGGUCCCGAAUACUUUUCUCAGAUAAUUACAGUAUAUUCACUGUGUUUGCAGUAAAGUCUUAUAAAUGGUGAGAAAUAGAAAUUUGCUAUAUCAGUAACUAUAUAUUGAGGUCUUUAGAGUGGUGGUACUCUAGGGGUGAACUUGGAAACCCCUUGCGUUACAGAGAAUGUCAUUGUACACAUUCACAGGAGGAAUUGUGGGGAGAAGAUGAAUUUGCCUUCAAAAACAAUCCUAGUAUUGAUCUGUCGAUUUUUAUUAGUGCCUUUUUUUUUAACUGCUGCCUUGUUCAAAGCACUUUAUACAGCGGAAUAUGUGUAAGAUUAAAAUGUUACUUCUGUCCGCAAAGCACCUGGUGGAUGAGUGUUUUCGUCGGUACGCGUGUACUUAAGUUGAGGAGUCGAGCUAACCCGUGCUGUGAUUUUCUUUUUUUCUUUUUUUUUUGGUGGAGCAAUUUCCCAAGUAGAGACAAGACCUAGUGUAUGGCAACAUAGAGUAUGUGAGUGAAAGCAGUUCCCCCUUUCUGCAGCUUUUACUUUGUUUUGAAACUAAAGCUGCUGUUGGUUAUCUCCUCCUGUGUGUUUCUGCUGAAUUCCGAUGAACAGAGGAUGCUGCAGGCUUUUUGAGAUGUGUUUUUGACUAGUUUCCAUAAAACAAAUUGAACUAAGUGUGCUGUAGAGAGUCCAUUAUGUGCAGCAGGCAGAAAGGUUAAGGCAUAUUGUCACGACCAUGACAGCAGGCUCGGCACUAAUAAGAAAACUACAACACUGUUAAAAACCAAAAUGUUGAGGCCCAGUCAAGUACACUAAAAAUAAGGUGCUAAGUCAUAAUUGUUACACCAUCUCAUCAGAACCCCAAGAACAGGGGUGACCGAAUCAAGCACAUGCUCGCAUGAUGACAUUGUAUUAUAGAUGCAUAUAAACGUAAAAUUGAUUCAACGCACUCUCUGUGAAAACAGCCAAAUACAAAAUAAAUGUGGCAAAAAAGCACUUAGGUGUUCCUUUUGAUAGCUCAAGCAGUUCCUCUAAUAAUGUGUCUCUGCUCGCUCCCUUCUCUCUGGCUUGUGGUUGAAAUGUCAUUGGAGAAACACCCUUUAAACCUUUUUAAUAGCCUCUCUGUUCACCUUAGGCUUUCAAUUUCCAUAUCCAUACAGAGAGUUUAAAACAUUUUUAUUGAAAAGGCCAUUAAGGUUAAUGAUCUCGAGAUAAUAAGGAUGUAUGCUUUCCUUGAAAUGCAAAGCUGGAGUUAAAUGUGCAUAUGUGUAUAUUUUAUUAAAGAAAACGUAUAAAAACCUAAACUCACAUUUUUAAGAAAAUAAUUUCUAAAACUAACUUUAUUUAACUGACGGACCACACUGCUAUUAGCAAACCGUUCACUCUCCAAGUGGUUUUGAGUUGUCUGGACAUAGCUCAAUGAAAGAUAUUCUUGGUUUUGUGUACGCAGACCGAAUGCCACACAUGCACGUGUUUGCCGUCGUCGUCUUAAGUGGCACUAAUUCAAUCAGGCGGCCAUUUCUGAGCUUUAUCCCCCCUCCCCCUGCACACGUUUGGUAAUUUGUCCCCGUCCCACUCGGAUUCAGAGCCACCUUUUCAGAUGCUGGCUCUUUCUGAAUGUUAUAAUGUGAUAUACGCCUAUCACAUUUGAGGACACAAAAAUGCUUUUUUCUUAAAUAGGUGGGAUGUUAAUUUUCCACAUGUAUAUAUCCUAUCCUUGAAAGUAUGCAUUAUAUGAAGUUACAAUAUGGUUUAGUCCCAAAACUCU